AUGUGGGUAUCACCGGGUAAGCUCAAUUUCUGCUCUAAUUGCGUCAAACAAGUCAUUCCGACACGAUUCUACUACUCUGCUCCUGCGCUUUCCCUACCUAGAAGCGCGACCUGGUCAAACUCGGCUUCGGCCGAGCCAACUCGUCAGCUAGCUGAUGAUGUCGUCGGUAAUUACAUGGGUCGUCAACUGCAUGAAAUCAGGAAGGAACUGGUAAAAAUGAGUGAUUCUUGUUCCAAUGCUUAUUCGAUUUCAAAAGCUUGGGAUGCAUUGGUUAAACUUCACGCGGGGCUUGAAAUGUUCGACGAGGCAAUCGAUGUUCUUUGCCAAGCUAAGCAGUUGGGGAUAACACCGAGCAUUAGGGCAUGCAAUUUCCUCAUGAACCGUUUGGUUGCUUCUGGGAAGGCUGAUUGUGCUGUGACCAUCUAUAAGGAGUUGGAAUCCAUUGGUCUCGAUCCUAAUGAUUACACUUACUGCACUGCAGUGAAGGCAUUCUGUAGACAAGGUCGCUUCGGCGAUGCACUGGAUGUUUUCCAGAUCAUGAGGAGAAGUGGGGUGACUCCGAAUGCUUUCACCUGCUCGACUUAUAUCCAAGAGCUUUGUAAAUGUAAGCUCUCUGAUUAUGGGUAUCAAGCGCUUCAAGCGUUUAUAAAAUACGAGUGUCCAGUAGAUGGGUUUGCUUAUAUGGUUUUGAUUCGAGGGUAUUGUGAUGAGUUGAGACUAGAACAGGCUGAGAACGUCAUGGAAGAGAUGAAAAGCCGGGGCUUUGUCCCUGAUGUGUAUGCUUAUGGUGCUUUGAUUCAUGGGUUAUACAAAGGUGGGAAGUUGCACGAUGCUGUAGUUCUUCACAACGAGAUGGUGUCGAAAGGUGUGCGAACGAACUGUGUAGUUGUCAGCUAUAUUCUUCAUGGCUUAUAUAAAGCAGGCAAGGGUUCUGAGCUGCAGAGUUUUUUCGGGACAUGUAAGAAGAUGGGUGUUCACCUUGAUAAGCCUUGCUACAAUAUACUGAUCGAGGCAUUUUCCAAGUUAGGGGAAGUGGAAGAUGCUGCUAAUUUGCUGACUGAGAUGAAAGAUAACCGUAUGGCUCCUGAUCUCAUCAACUAUACAACUGUCAUUGGAGGGUAUGGCGACAAGACUCGAUUUGAAAAGGCUCGAAUGUUAAUCGAAGAAAUGAAGGAAAAUGGGAUUCACCCUGAUAUCAUCUUUUAUAAUAUACGUGCUUCGAGUUUGUCUAGAUUGGGUCUUACAGAAAAAGUGAGAGAGCUGUUCGAUGAGAUGAAGGACCAUGAUAUACAACCUAACAUUGACACAUACAGUGUCAUCUUUGAAGGGCUAUGCAUUGGAGGCAACUUAAAAGAUGCUGAAGCAGUUUUUAACGACGUGAAAGGCAAGAGCUUGUACAUCUAUGACGCCAUGAUUAAUGGUUACUGCACAGCACAAAGGUUGGAGAAGGCGUUUGAACUGUUCCUUUUUUUGUGUGGUAAAGGGUAUGUACUGGAGAAACGAUCUUGUUUGAAACUGCUUUCGAGUUUGGAAUUUGAUCACGAGAAAUGUAUUCACCUGGUCAAGAAGAUGGUAGAUCUGGGGGCGGGUUAUUCUAACUUUCUCUGUAGCAAUGCUAUAGGUAUGCUUUCUUGUGCUGGAGAAAUGGAUAAGGCUCAAUAUGUUUUUAAUCUCUUUAGCAGAGAGCUAAUACCUGAUGUGGUUAUGUACACAAAGAUGAUAGAUGGCUACUGCAAGCUCAAUCGCUUGAGAGAAGCCUGUGAUCUUUUUGUUGAUAUGAAUGAGAAAGGGGUUAAACCAGAUAUAACCACUUGGACAGUAUUGCUUGAUGCCAAAAUAUGGCCCAAGAGGGGGAGGACUAUGGAAAUCAACACCAUCGAAACUGUAGUAGACCCUUGGAAAUGUUUGAGUGAACUAAAGGGAAUGGGUUUAGAGCCUGAUGCUGUUACUUAUAAUGUUUUGAUAGACGAGCUUCAGAAGGCAAACAAUAUCCACAGUGCUGUCCAGCUUUUCCACGAGAUGAUUGGUCGAGGGCUACUACCAGACACGGUGACAUACACGUCUCUUAUACGUGGAUGCUUCAGUGUUGGAGACAUAGAAGGGGCCGAGGCUCUUCGUGAAAGAAUGUUGGAUGAUGGAUUAUGGCCUGACGACGUAUUCAAGCACGAGUGGAAUCUUGGUGUUUUGAAACACAUGAAGAGAAAUCGUUUGGAUGAUCAGAGUCCCGAACCAGAUGAAUGUGCUGCUUCCAUUGUUUCUCCUUUCAGAAUAGGAUCUCGUCGCGUAUCUGAUGAUGAUGAAGAAACCCCAACUUAGGAGAGGGUCUUACAGGAAGGAAGGACUUCAUGCCUCAGAAUAUGGUCUUCAGAUGCAGGAUUGGCCAGGAGGUAGCCUUCGAAAGCCUUGAAUAUAGAAGAGAACAUAUGCCGCAUUUCCUCAUGAGCAGCCUUGGUUUCCUUCUCCCCGGUCCCUCCGUCUUCGGAGGUGAAGAACUUGGUGCUGCGCUUGCAGAUCGUUCCGCCGUUGGCUGAUUCCCCCAGCACCAUUCGGUAAGAGAUUUUCUCGACGCCGGGGAUAACAGUAUCCCCUCCGGUCGCAGUGUAGCCGUAGAUCAGCUUCUCCUUGUCCAGCUCGUCCACUACUUCCUUCACAGACUUGAACGGGUUCGCUGCAGCAAAAGAUAAAUUUCUCAGCAAACCAUGGUUAAUCGAAUUGCACGACUCCUGUCAAAAACAAGCUCGGUUACUUAUUUGUGUAACGUUACUUACAGUCGGUAAAAUGGACUUCCUUGAUGGUUCCAGGGCCGCCGUCGCCUUCGAUGGUGAUGCUCUUGAGGAAAUCCGGGAAGGUUUCUAAGGCGAUCUUGGCGCCGUCGAUGACAAAGGCCUUGAACAUCUUCGCCGGAGGGAUGGAGGUGGUCACCUCUGCCUCAUAGCUGAAGAUCACCAUAGCUGUAUCUAUGUCAAAGCUAGGAAUUCAGAAAGAAAUGCGAAGUUGGUCGCUUUUCUGGGAGUUAUUUUCUAUGGAGUUAGCCUGCAGACUUGGUUUAUAUGUAGUGGCAGAAUGGUAGUUUGGCUUUCCUCCUCUUUCUCUUUUGUUUUCUAACUGUUGGGAGUUAGCCAUCAAGUGUCCAACUUGAGAGUGCAAGUGGUUUUAUACAACUUCUUACCAUCUUAAUUUAUAAAUCGAGUGAUUAGUAGGUUUUGUAAGAGGUGUUUAGAAUUCAUUGGACAGAUUUGUUAGCAAGAAGCUGUUAGCGAAACUCAGUUCCAGUCCUUUUUGGGAGUAGUAGAGGCUUUUGGGGGCUUUCCCUAAGGAACUGGGAGAUUUAAGAAAUUAUUCGUUGUGAUUAAUUA